AUGGCAGCCAUGCGGCCCUUGCUGUUGGCUCUCUCGCUGAGCGCCGCCGUUUCGGCCCAGUUUGUUUCUGCGCCCAAGGAUCUGACCUCGACCAAAGGUUACUUGGAUAUUCCUGUCCGGUACAAAGAAGUCCCGACAGGUAUUUGCGAGACAGACCCUUCGGUGAAGAGCUACUCGGGCUAUGUGGAUGUCGCAGAGGACCAGCAUAUUUUCUUCUGGUUCUUCGAGGCUCGCAACCAAGACCCGAAGCAUGCUCCGUUGACCGUGUGGAUCAAUGGAGGCCCCGGCUCUUCUUCCAUGAUCGGUUUGUUCCAAGAGAACGGGCCUUGCGGCGUCGACUCCAAUGGCUCCGUAUACAACAACCCUUACUCUUGGUCCAAUGCAAGCAACAUGCUAUACAUCGACCAGCCCUCCCAAACAGGUUUCUCCUAUAGCAUUCCAGUCCCCGGAUACACCGAUGACACCACUGCCGAUGUCAUUACUUUGCCUAAUAACACCUGCCCUGAGUACGCUGCAGGCAAGUCCUGCGGCACCUACUCGUACCCCAACGUGACCUUGACAGCCAAUACCACGGAAGAUGCCGCACCGAACUUUUAUCGUGCCCUGCAAGGCUUCAUGGGUGCCUUCCCUCACUACUCGAGAGAAGGCUUCCAUUUCACCACGGAAAGCUACGGUGGCCAUUAUGGGCCGGUGUUCAACGAAUAUAUCGAACAGCAAAACGCACACCUCCAGCAUGGCGCGAAGAAGAUCAAACUGGAGAGUGUCUUGAUCGGGAACGGCUGGUAUGAUCCGAUCAUCCAGUACCAGGCGUACUACAACUUUACCGUCUACCCUGGCAAUACAUAUGACUAUCUCCCCUACAAUGACUCCAUCAGCUCAUUGUUGUACAACAACGUGUACGGCCCUGGGAACUGUCUUUCACAACUUCUCGAUUGCGCAGCUCGCGGUACCAACGAGAUUUGCAGCACGGCUGACUCUUUCUGUGCCAAUCAAGUGGAGUCAAUCUACGACAUCUAUGCUGGGCGAGAUGAAUAUGAUUUUAGAGAGCUGACUCCGGACCCGUUUCCGUACGAGUUCUACGUCGACUAUCUAAACACGGCCUCUGUCCAAGCUGCAAUUGGAGCCUAUGUCAACUUUACCGAAAGCAGCAAUGCCGUCUACCAGGCCUUUUCAUCAACAGGCGAUGACAGUCGUCUUUCGCAUACUACCCAGGAUGUCGCCAAGUUACUGAAGCAAGGCGUUACCGUUGUUAUGUAUGCUGGCGAUGCUGAUUACAACUGCAACUGGUUAGGCGGUGAAGCUGUGUCUCUCGCAGUGGGUGCCCCUCACUUUAGCAGCGCUGGAUAUACCAACAUCACCACGGAUGACGAUAUUGUGCACGGACAAGUGCGCCAGGCCGGACACUUUGCGUUUGUGCGGGUGUAUGAAAGCGGCCACGAAGUCCCCUUUUACCAGCCUCUGCUUGCUCUCUCCCUUUUCGAGCGUGUUAUUGGCGGCCGUGAUAUUGCCACUGGCAAGCUAAAAGCUCACCCAGGAUACAAGACAGACGGCCCCUUGAAGAGUACCUACAGACAGGGCAAUGGAACUGUACAGUGGAAAGUGCUGGACCCAGAUGCCACAUACAACACCACGACCAAUGCGCCCAAUCCGCCCAAGAAGUCGGCCCGGGAUGUCUUGAAAAGGAGCAGCCGCCCGUUUAAACCCAAGGACUUGUGA